AUGGACUUUUCUGGCCUCAGCCCAAGCGAUCAAGCCUACAUGGCUCAAGUGCUCGAGCGCAAGCAGGCGAGAUUGACUGCGAUAGGGCGAGCAGCGAAAAAGGUCCUCAUGCAUUGCCAAGAGAGCGAGUGCUUCAUCACUACGCAAAUCCACGACAGCCGCAAGCUCGGCAGUCCUCAUGGAGCCCCUCCAAUCGAGCGUUGCGCGGUCGCCUCGUGCGCCGCCUCAAACGACCGCGACUAUCGAUCGUCUACUCUUGCGCAGCAAUUCGAUAGCAAUGGCAUCGGGAUGCAAGAUUUUGUGCGCAUGUACAACCACUUGUCCGAGCGCUGCUUUUCAGACUGCGUGAACGACUUUACGUCGCGAACCACCACCACCAAAGAGCAAGGAUGCGUCGGACGUUGUGUGCAAAAGUUUGUGCAACUUUCCCAGCGCGUCGGCCAACGUUUUAGUGAACAGCAAGCACUGCAAGCAGAACAACAAGCUGCCGCUGCCGCCGCUGGAACCCGCUAAGCAGCACAGGCGGCGGGUGUCAUUGGAUUGUAUGAUUUGUUUGCAGACAACCUUUUUUUCUUUUGUUGUUUUCUGUUCUUUGUUGUCGCAUUCACCAUCAUUCAUGCCUCCCUCCGUAGCAAGGGGAUGUGCACUGUGGCACACUCAACCGAAAA